AUGUCCAACCAGGGUUACUACAGCGGCGGCGGCGGCGGCGGCUAUCCCCAGCAGCCCACCUACGGCCAGCAGUCCGGAUAUGGUGGCCAGGAAGGCUACGGCCAGCAACAGGGCUACGGCCAGCAGGGCAGCUAUCCCCAGCAGCAGCAGUACAGCCAGCAGUCGGGCUACCAAAACCAGUACAACCAACAACAGCCAUCUUACGGCCAAGGCCAACCCCAGCAGGGCUACAACAACCAGUACGGCAACCGCGGCCACUCGCCCCAGCCGUCCCAACAAUACGGCCAGUCUGGCGGUGCCGCCGCCGACUACGCUGCAGGCGCUCCGCAGGGCCAGUAUGCCACUGGUCCCACUGGCCCUGGCGGCCCCGGCGGCCCCGAGGGCGCUGUAGGUCCCGAUGGUGAGCGCGGUCUCGGCGCCACCCUCGUUGGAGGCGGCGGCGCCGCCUGGGCUGCCCACAAGGCCGGCGGCGGAUUCCUGGGCACUGCCGGUGCCGCCAUUGCCGGCGCCAUCGGCGCGAAUGUCCUGGAAAACGCCUUCGACAAGAAGAAGAAGAAGAAGCACGGCAGCCGUGGCCUUGGUGACGACUCUGAUUAA